AUGGCUACUGCAGUAAGUGCUGCAGUCUCUCUUCCUUCAUCCAAGUCCACUUCUUUUCCCACUAGAACAUCCAUCAUCUCCCCUGAAAAAAUCAACUUCAACAAGGUGCCUUUGUACUACAGAAAUGUGUCCGGUGGUAGUAGAUUGGUUACCAUUAGAGCCCAAGUGACCACAGAGGCUCCUGCUAAAGUUGAGAAGAUUUCAAAGAAACAGGACGAAGGUGUGGUUGUGAACAAGUUCAGGCCAAAGGAACCUUACAUUGGUAGAUGUCUACUCAACACUAAGAUCACUGGUGAUGAUGCACCUGGUGAAACUUGGCACAUGGUCUUUAGCACUGAAGGGGAGAUCCCAUAUAGAGAAGGCCAAUCCAUUGGUGUGAUUGCUGAUGGUGUUGAUGCCAAUGGGAAGCCUCACAAGCUUCGAUUAUACUCCAUUGCCAGCAGUGCCCUUGGUGACUUCGGCGACUCCAAAACCGUUUCCCUGUGUGUCAAAAGGCUUGUGUACACCAAUGACAAAGGGGAAGAAGUUAAAGGAGUUUGCUCAAACUUCUUGUGUGACUUGAAGCCUGGAGCAGAUGUCAAGAUUACUGGACCCGUUGGCAAAGAAAUGCUCAUGCCAAAAGAUCCAAACGCCACUGUUAUAAUGCUUGGUACUGGAACUGGAAUUGCUCCUUUCCGAUCAUUCUUGUGGAAAAUGUUCUUUGAGAAACACGACGAUUACAAGUUCAAUGGUUUGGCAUGGCUUUUCUUGGGUGUUCCCACCAGCAGCUCCCUACUUUACAAGGAGGAAUUCGAGAAAAUGAAGGAGAAGGCCCCAGAAAACUUCCGAUUGGACUUUGCUGUGAGCAGAGAGCAAACAAACGAAAAGGGUGAAAAGAUGUACAUCCAAACCAGAAUGGCUCAAUAUGCUGAAGAACUAUGGACUUUGCUCAAGAAAGACAACACAUUUGUGUACAUGUGUGGACUCAAGGGCAUGGAGCAAGGAAUUGAUGACAUUAUGUCUUCACUUGCUGCCAAAGAGGGUAUUGACUGGGCAGACUACAAGAAGCAAUUGAAGAAGGCAGAGCAAUGGAAUGUGGAAGUCUACUAA